AUGGCAAGCAUCGACGUGGACGUGGCGCUCGCGCCCCAUUCGUGCGUGCUCCUGGAGCCCGCCGACUCGCUGUGCUUCCGCUUACCGUCUCAGCUGGCGGCUCAGGAGGUGCUGACGAUCCGGAACGUGUCGAGCGACCGUCAGAUCGCGUUCAAAGUGAAGACGACGCGGCCGCUGCGCUACCUCGUGCGCCCGAAUCAGGGCCUACUGGGCCCGAAUGGCUCGGCUUCGAUUGUGGUGAUUUUGCAGAAGAAAGAGUGUGAAGAGCUGCGUCGGAUGGACCCGGCCGAGCGCCAGCUGUCCAACGACAAGUUCCUCGUCCAGAGCAUCUACGUGGACGAGCGGUUCUAUGAACAAGUGAAGACCAAGUCAACGAAGGAGAUGGCGGACGAGCUCACGCACAUGUGGGCGAGGACGGACAAGCGCGCGCUGUCGAACAAGAAGCUGCGCUGUCGCUUCGUGCAGGAGGACGAGGACGCAGAGCAAUUGGCAGUGGCUCCGUCGAGUCCACAGCGCACGACGUCGACGAACGCGUCGUCGGCAACGACAGCAGUCGCUUCUGAUUCGAGCAGUGCUGUGUCGGGUAAACGACCGAGUGAUGAGGGACGAGCGGAAGUGGCUACAGCUGCUCAAUUGUCGUCUGCAUUGCUGCAAGAGGACAGUGCACAGACGAUGAAAGAGACGGUGGAUAGAGGAGGAGAAGAAGGAAAGGAAGCGAUUCAGGAAGCUGCAGUGCUACGCAAGAAAUACGACGAGUUGGUGGCGUUUACAGUGCAGCUCACGGCAAAGCGUGACGUGUUGAUGAGCGAUCUGGAAAAGACGCGACAGCUGCUACAGAAAGCGAGCACGGAUGCUAUGCGCGUGAGGAAGCUGUCGGAAGAAUCGUCGACUCUGCGUCAUCGGAAAAACGGUGCGGUUAAUGGUAAAGGUGGCAACGAAGUCUCGCAUGCGAUGACGGGCAAGGGCUCGAAGGACCAGGGGACUUAUGGACCCUUGCACUUGGUAGUGUGCGCGAUCAUUUUCUUUUUAGUUGGGCGCUACUGCUAG